AUGAUCAGCAUGAUGCUCUGGACAGCACUGUCCUUGUCUGCCGCAACUGCGCACGGCGCUGUUGUGCCCCGACAAGCCGGUGACUUUGACUUGGCUGGAGUCAUCCUGCAAUCCAGCCAGGUUCAGCGUCAUCUCACGAGCACCAAGAGGUUCAUGGGCAAGGAGUUUCCUUACUCAGAGGGCCCCAUGGAGGCUUCGAAAGCCGCCCUGGGGGACAAAUUCAAGGACGACUAUGAGCACUUUGUGGAAUCCGAGCGCAAAUGCUUGUACAUUCGCAACUCCUUCAUCAAAGAGGCAACACAAUCCUUCUUCGAUGUCGUCCCCAAUGUCGAUGCUCCCGACACCAUCACCGAGGAGGAGGAAGAAACGGGAUCAGUCACCGAAUCAAAGGCCAUUGUCGACACGCAGAGGAUCGGAUGGAACAAGGAAGAGUCGACAGAAAUCGGCGGCUCCGCCACGGUGGGCAUACAGUCGGGAAUCAGCGCCUUCUCCGUCUCUCUCUCGGCCACCAUCUACGGCAACCAGCGCACGACGGGAGGCCAAUACGGCGAGGCCUCGAAGCAGACUGAAUACACAGUCACGGAAACCAAGAACUGGAAAUGCCCCAAGAACAGCAUCUGCAGACACGUCACCUGGACGUAUACCAGGACCCUCAGGGGCAAAUGCAUCACCACGCCCUACUACGACGCGCAGUGCGCCAACAGCAAGCACUCCAAGGCCAAGUUCAGUCUCGCGCUCUUCGGCAAGUGCACGCCCUCGGUCAGGGCAGGCGACCAAUUCUACACCUACAGCGACAAUGCGUUUGGUGACUUUGACGGAGAUCUCAACACCAAGAUUCCCGGCUACGGCCCCGACAACCAGGGCAUCAAGAUGCCCAAGCCCGACGUCAUCGCGUCGCACAAGUUCGCCGACGACGAGUGCACCUUCACCUACGUGCUGCGCGACAAGAGCGGAAGCCCCGUCCGCGCCAGAGGAAACCUCAUCGAGAAGGACAGCAGCCCCCUGUCGGCACAGCCCAAGGUGACCAAGGUCCCCAAGGCAGUCAAGUGGAUCAAGGGUCAAAAGGACCAGAGCGUGUGCGAGCUCGAGGGCGGCUGGUACUGGAUGCCCGGCAACCAGUGGUACAUUUCUCCCAAGGACGGGAAUACCGCCAAGAAGUGGGCGCGCCGUGCAGAGCUGCCCGAUCCCGUCGACCUCGAGAAGAACUGCCCGGAGAAUGGCCAGGCCAAGUCCAAGAGAGACCUGCCGCCGGCCAACGACCUCAGCGACGUUCCCGCCAACGACCUUGUCCAGAUUGAGAUUACCCAGGACGACAUGCCUGCGUUCCUCGCUGAGCUGGAGCAGAGUCAGAGCGAGGGCUUCGUGGCCAACACCAUUGACGACAAGGCACAGCCCGUCCGCCGUGAGGGUUGGGGUUAUCCCCCGGGCCGCAAUUUCGAGCACUGCUUGGACCAGAAUAUUAAGCAGAAUGGCAAAGCCUAA